AUUCUAAAUAUAUGUAAAUCAUUGAAUACAUCUAUAAUUGUCAAAUUAUAUAAAUUGAUCUUUACAUAAAUUUAUUAUUUAAAUUUAUUAUACAUUCCAUGUUAUUCAAAAAAUGGAUAUAGAAGCAUCUGUAGUUGAACGUUUACAAAAAUUAAGACAGUGGCAGUUAGAACAACAAGAACGAUUAUUAAAACAGCAACAGAUACAAAGAGAUAUGUUAACACAAAAACAAGAUUGUAUGUACAAAGCACUUGAAUUAUCAAUACAAGAACUUGAUCUUAAUGAAGAUACAUUAAAUAUAAAUAAUUCAAAUGAAAUUGAAAAUAAUGAGAUUAAUAGCAAAGAUUUAAUUACACUACAUAAUAAAUCACAAAUAAAAGAAAGUUGCGUACAAAUGAUAAAUGAUAAUAUAUCAUGUAUAAGUCAAAAUAAUAGUUUUGAAAAUAUGAUUCUACAACAAAAAUCUCCUACAAGGAAUUUUAAUGAUGAUAUAAUUAAUAUUGAAAAUCAUAUAAAAAAACAAUCAAAAGAUGAAAUAAAUUCAAUAACUUCUUCAGAAAAAGAAAAACAAAUAGAACAAUUUUUUAUAGAUGGAAUAGCACCAUUACCUCCUGAUAAAACAGUCAUUAAUCAUAUUUCUAUUGAUGAUAUACCAAUUUUUUCUCCUAAAAAAGAUUUUCAUACAUUGUUAGAAGAAAAAUUGAAAGAUAAUAAUGAAAUUGAACCUUUUAUAAAAUCCAAUGCUAAUUCAGGAAAUAAAAUAAAAAAACCAUUUUUAAGAAAAGGAGAAGGUUUAACUCGAUUUAAAUUAAAUCAAAAAUCACAACUUUCUACUUUAAAGAUUAGAUCACGUAGUGCUUCUUUUAAUAAUAAGACACAAUCUGGUUUUAAAUAUUCCAAAAAUGAAAAUAAAUCUAAUAAAACUACACAAGAUUCAAAAAAUGCACAAUUAUCAAAAAAUAUACAUUGUACAAAUUUAGCCCAAAAACAUUUAUCUCUAAAAAAUAUUCCAUUGCCAAAGAAGAAAAUUUAUAGUAAAUCUGAAUCUAAUAUUUCAUCUUCUCAUUUGAAAGAUCAUAUUAAUGAAAUGAAAAAUACAAUUGAAUUAAAUAGUUCAGAUUUUCAUUCUGGAACCCACAAAGAAUUGGAAGAAGUAAGAAUAUUUGAAUUGUUGGAAGAAAAAGCAGAAAAUUCUAGUUUUUGUUCUACAUCUAGUACAGUUACUGCAUUUUUACAACAAUCAACUCCAUUUAAAGUGAAAAAUGCUGAAUAUAAAACAGAAAAUAAUAUGAAAAAAACAAAACAAAUAAUUCCAAUAAAUAAAGUACCUAAAAAACAAUUGGAUUUAAAGUCAUCUAAUCAAAUAUUUAAAUGCAUCACAUCAAAUAAGGAUGAUUUUAUGCCUUUUGAGAAUCAAAAAACUAUCAAAAAUCAUGAUAAUAUAUAUGAAAAUAUACAACAUAUCGAUGAAAAUAAUACAAUGAAAACAAAUGAAGAUGGACAUAUACUAAGAAAUGAAAUUCAAAAUAAUGAACAGAAUUUUUCAUGUAAUGUGCCUAUUAUUGAAAAAAAUAAUGAAAUAAAUGAUAGUCUUCAUGUUAGAUUCUCUGAACAUAACGAAUAUAAAACAAUUGGAUUAACAGAUACAUCAAGUACAUCAACUGAAUCAUUAGCAACAAAAUGUUUUUUUGAUGAUAAACUUUGGAGUGAUUCUUCAGUUUUAGAAACUGAAUCUACCUCAGAAACAAUACCAAUAACAUUUAAUAUGUCACAACCUUCUAUAACAAUGAAAAGUAAAAUGCAAGAAUUAAAUUAUAAAGCUCAAAAUUGUGAAGAUAUAAAACAAGAUAAUAAUUCUAUUUGUGAAACAAAUAUACAUCAAUAUUAUCAUAAAGAUGAAUUAGAAAUAUCCGACACAGAAGAUCAGAUUUCUAAUGAUGAAGUAAAUAAUUCAUAUAAGAACAGUCAAAAUAAUUCAAUAUCACAAAGAACUGAUAACUAUAAUAUUAGAACAUUAAAACAAUAUAUGAAAAGAUAUGACAAUAAAGAAAUAGAUGAAUAUGUAAAUAAUUGUGAUAAUGGAAAAGUCACAGAAUAUCAAGAAAAUGUAAAAGACUUACAAGAAACAAACGGAACUAUUUUUAAAUCAGAACUUUUAAAAAAUCGUUUAUUAGAACUUGAACAAGAAAUUAAUAUAUUUCGUAAAGAAAAUACAGCGUUAUCUAUGCAACGUAAAAAAUUACACGAAGAUUAUAAGAAUUUACGCAAAGAAUAUGCAGAAAAAGAAAAAAAUUUUGAACAAAAUAAAAAACAAGUGGAAGAACGCUUACAAGAAGAAAAGAAAAAAUUAGCACGUCAGAAAGCAGCAUUAGAAAAUAGAAUGCGAGAUUCGCAAGAAAAAGCUCAACAAAGUAAAUUAGAAAGACAGGAAAUUCAAAAUUUAAAACAAGAAAUAAUAAAAUUAACAGAAGACAUACAAAUAAAAGAAAGUAGAUGGAAUGCAGCAGAAUCUAGAUAUAAAUGCCAAAUGAGAAUAUUAAAAAGAGAAAAUUCAAAAUUAAAACAAGAAAUAGAAAGAUUACAAAAUUUAAAAAAAAAUGAUAGAAAUAAAGGAAAAUUUGGAACAUCUGCAAAUACAAGAGUAAUUCAUCAAAUUAAUAAACAGCUUGAUAUGCAGUUUAAAGAAUCUCAAAAAAUUAAUGAUGCUUUAUCACAAUCUGAUCAAAAACUAGUGAUAAAUACAAUAACUAAUGACCAGAAUAUAGAAAAAGGAAAAGGAUAUAAUUGUAAUCAUAAUAAAAAUAUAAUUAAUAAAUCAGAAAGUCAAACAAUUAUAACAGAUGUUGCUAAAAAACGAAAUUUAUAUGAAAAUUUAAUCAAAGAAGCAACAUCAGAUUUAAUAGAAAUUCAAGAGCAAUUUAAUAUUCCUGAAAAUUUAAAUAAAUCUGAAUCAGAGUUAAGCAAUAAAUUUAAGAAAUUAGAUAAUAAAAAAAGUAAAAAAUCAUAUAAAGAAUGUGAUAUAUUCUUUAACCAUAAUAAUCAAAUAGAAAUCAAUGAAGAUAAUCAAAUCAAUAUUCAAUUACAUAUGCAGAAUGAUCACACAUCUUUUAAUGAUCACACAUCUAUGAAAACAUAUAAUGAAAAUUAUGAAAAAAGUUUGGCAUCAUUAGAUAAAUCUAAUACAUAUAUAACAACUACAUCUUCAAACAAAAUUAAACAAGAUGCUAAACAAGAUGCUAAACAAGAUGUGACACAAAUUGAACAUUUUGAUGGUUCUAUUGAAUAUCGAUUUCCAAAUGGAAAUAUUAAAAAAAUAUUUCCUGAUCAAGGUGUAACUAAAUUGAUAUAUUAUAAUGGAGAUAUGCGUGAAACUAAUAAAGAUGGAAAAAUAAAAUAUUUUUAUGCAUCAACAUGUACAUGGCACACAACAAUGCCAGAUGGUUUAGAAAUUUUAGAAUUCUCUGAUGGUCAAAUAGAAAGACGAUCGCAAAAUGGUACAGUAGAAGUCUCAUUUCCAGAUGGUUCAGUGCGAAUCCUAGAGUCAGAUGGUAUUGAAAAAUGGACAUUGCCAGAUGGAACAUUAAUUCAAAUUCUUACUAAUGGUGAAAAAAUUCUCAUUCUACCAAAUGGACAACGUGAAAUACAUACUAAUACUCAUAAGAGACGAGAAUAUCCUGAUGGCACUGUUAAACUAAUUUAUCUUGAUGGUACACAGGAAACUCGUUAUUCAAAUGGUAGAAUACGUCUUAAAGAUAAAGAUGGUAAUCUUUUAAUGGAUUCCUGUCAAUAAAAAUUAUAAAUGUUAUAGGCACAAAACUGAAAAUAAUAUUUAAUAAAAUAAUGAAAUUUUAUCUUAAAAU